CCACGAUAGCUCCCAGCGAUCCUCAUCAAGAGGCUCGUUGGAUUCAAAGGCGAUGGCCAGCGAGUCACCGCCGGCCGCUUACUCUCCCACGGCCAAGGGCGACGCCGAGGUGCUGUCGCGAAGGAUCUUCCCAGGCCAGGGGGAGUCUCAGGAGGCUGUCAGGGUGGCGCCAGAGGGUGAAACCUCAACCGCCGGACACAUGGGGGAGCAGAUCCCCAUGGAGACUGGCGAUGGGGGCCAUGUUCAGUUCGGCCCCCAUCCGGAUACGGUUCCGGAGACCUAUACGGUCCCGGAGUCCGACGUGCAGCCUCCUUUGAAAGAAGGAGGUGUGCCUAUCCCACCGGUGACCUCAGUCCAACCAGGGGCACCGGAGAAUCUUCUGGAAGCACUACGAGACGCUUCCAUUGUGGAAGAACACUGUAUCCUUAUGGGUACGGUGAUUGAGAGGGUUCAGUCCGUCAAGAGCGGACUGACCGAAGCCUGCGGCGGCCUGCUGACAGGUUUUGAGGCGUCGUUGCUGGCUGCGACCUCAAACACUGCCGAAGUCUGCGGACUGAAGCAGAGACUAGAGCGGGCCGAGGCGGAGCUCAGCCAGGCGAAGAAGCAGCUAGAAGAUCAGCAAGGUAUGUAA